CCUUCGUCGCCGACCAUAGCGUUCCAUCGACAUGCCCAUCGUCCCGCGCCUCGUCGAACUUGUACCCCGUUCCAAAGACAUCAUUCAAGAGCCCCUCGUCAAUGCGAAAUUCACACUCGACUCUUCCGGCGUCGCUGGUUUCUUCGGGGGCGACAGCGCUGUUUCGGGGAUGGCUACCGUCAACCUCAUCCCAAACCGCCGCUGGGGAGGGUGGUACAACACGCCGGGUUCGUACGAGAUUGCGAAGCAGUACGGGCAGCUCGCCCGAUCGCGUUUCUGGGACGGCCUCUUCCCAGGAGGAAAGCACGACCCCGCGGAACUCUUCGGGCUCGACGGCCAGAUCGGGCCGAGAUUCGUCGCCAUACGCUCCGGUUCGAGCUUCGCGUCCACUGGACACCUCGCACACCUGAUCACUCGCAUGGCGCGCGACACGGAGAGCACUCAUACCGCUGCCGGGAGGCACACGAACCCCGCCACCGUCACGAUCAUCGACCUACCAUGGGACCCGCCCCAGGUCGUUGAAUGUCCUCUGUCUUCGCGCCUAAACGGCUCGGUGGUCUUCUCGAUGAUCCCGAUUGCCGUCAGCUGGGGUUGCUGCGUCGUCUGUGCUCUCGCAGGGGAUUGGUACACCUUCGCCGCCAUCCUGACGGGGAUCGUUGCGAAUGGCUGGGCAUGCUUCGUCAUUGGGUCGGGGAAGCUGACGUUCAAGCACCCUGUGCCUGCCGCGGAGGCGCCUCCGGGGGAUGGCUUCCUCCUCGAUGGAAGGAACAUUGUGGUGCUUCGAGGAACGGAGGGAGCGGUCAACUCCUUCACCCAGGGUCGCUUCUUUCUGCAGGAGCGCAAAGCGCGCGACACGGAUACCGCACCUCAAGGUGGACAACCGAACAGCUUUGCGAUCGGUCUCUGCUCCAUCCUCCUCACCGCCCAAUUCCUUGUC